AUGGCACGGACAACACUAGUCAUAAUAGCAUUAAUCUCAGGAGUAAUAUAUACAUCAGCACAAAUUACAAGCACAUCGUGCGGUUUCGAAGGGUUAACUGCACAAUCCUCGAGUAUUUGCAGUGGUUGGACUCAGGCUACCAACGACGAUGCUGAUUUGACUGUCGGGCAAGGUGGUACCCCUUCUGGCAACACAGGGCCCUCUGGACCGAGAUCAGGAAGUAGAUAUGGCUACUUUGAGGCAACGGACGUCACAGAACCAAACAAACGUGCACGAAUAAUUUCACCAACUUUACUAGGAACUGGUUAUACCUACACUGUUUCCUAUGGUUACCAUAUGUUUGGGAGUCAUAUUGGACGCGUUCGAGUUUAUACAAGACAAGGAGGAUCUCUAAGUGAAGUUGUAGCGGCAAGACGCGAAGGCCAGCAGCAGACAAGUAGCAAUGCUGAAUGGGGCUUGUCAACGGCGACCCUGCCUUCGAUUAAUGGAAAUUUCGAGGUGGUCAUUGACAUUGAGAACGGCGUAAAUCCAGACCAAGGUAAUGACCACCCUUUCCAGGGAGAUAUCGCACUCGAUGACAUCAAUAUUCAAGGAAGCACCGGGGGCGGUGACACUGGCAGUGGAGGAGAUUGUGUUGGCGGUACCGCUGAUAUUGGUUUUGUGGUUGACUUCUCUGGAAGUUUGGAUGACACUCAGCUUCAAUCAGUGUUAGAUUUCUGCAAGGAACUGAUACAGUUAUUGGAGAUAGGAGAAGACAAUGUUCGCGUUGGAUUCAUUUCUUUCACAAACGAAGUAAUCACACGAUUUAGGAUGAACGAGAUGUACGAAAAAUCUGAAAUUUUGGCUAAAAUUGAUCCUUUGCUGGCAAACAGAGGCAAUAGAGGAUCAACUAAUCUGGCGGGAGGUUUGAACCAAUUGAUAGACGACCUCUUUGCUCCUGGAAAUGGAGAGAGAGAUGGGGUCAUUGAUAUAGGUAUCUGUAUAACUGAUGGAAAAAGUUCCUCAGAUUUCCUGGGCGCGCUACCAGCUGCUAUUCAAAAGAUCAAGAAUAGAAGUGGAAUGAUUCAAUUUGGAAUCGGAGUCAAAAAUGCUGACUUCGAUGAAGCCGAAUUGAGAUCUAUUGUCACAUCUGAUGCUUACUAUUUUGAUGUCGAGGACACUGCCAGCCUUUCGGAAAUCACGGCAGAGGUUGUGCAGAAAACGUGUAAAAGUACAUGUGGCGAGAUUGCCGACAUCGUAUUUAUUGUGGAUGAAUCGGGUAGUAUCGAUAACGAAAGUUUCCUUCAAAUGCGAAGUUUCUUGUCCACCGUUGUUAGCCGAUUCAAUAUUGGAGAAGAACUGGUCCGUAUUGGAAUAAUGACAUUCUCUAACCAAGAGAACAUACGAGCAAGGGUUAAUUUGAAUGAAUACGUGGCCAGUGAUAUACAGGAUACCAUAAGGACCUGGAUUAGGGGAGAUCUCGCUGCCACUGCUAUCUCAGAUGCCUUGGAAUUUGCUCUGAAUACGAUGUUUCAGGAAGCCAAUGGAGAUAGGCCCAAUGCCCCUAAUCUAAUUAUUUUUAUCACUGAUGGCGAGUCAAACCCGAAAGAAGAUGCAAGGCUCCAGCGAGUGACUGAUGACGUGCGUGCGCGGGGCAUAACUGUGUUUGCUAUUGGUGUUGGUACUGAGAUCAAUGAAGGUGAACUUCGACUUAUGGCUACAGACCCCGAUAGAGAUCAUUUAUUCAAUGUAACAAAUUUCGAGAGUUUGAACCAGAUUUCUCAAGCUCUAGUAGAGGCUUCGUGUGAAACUACCUGCCCUGGACCAGCUGAUGUAGCCCUUCUAGUUGAUUUAUCAGGAAGUAUCGGCCAGACUGAUUUCGAAACACUUAAAACUUUCCUGAAAGAUUUAGUGAAGAAGUUUACUGUUGGACCAAAUAACAAUCAAUUUGCAGCUAUAUCAUUCAAUGACAAUACAAACAUUGACUUCUACCUUGAUUCAUACUCAAAUGUUGACGAUGUUGUGAAUGCGAUUGAAGCACUGCAGUAUACAGGAGGUGCAACAAAUACGCAAGAUGCUCUUCGUAGAGCCAGGACUGAGGUACUUAUCAGCUCAAGGGGGGCUCGUAUUACUGUUCCAAAGGUAGUGAUCGUUGUGACUGAUGGUGUAUCCACGGUACGAUAUGACCGCACGCUGCCCGAGGCCCUUGAACUCAGAAUCAGUGGAGCAACUAUAUUUUCCAUUGGAAUCGGUAAAGAGACAACGAUGCAGGAACUCAAUGGAAUUGCUACCGAUGAGGAUAAUGACCAUGUGUUUACGGUGAACUCUUUCAAUGACCUUGCCCCCAUACAAGACAACAUAGUUCGGGCUAUAUGCAACGACGUCGACGAGUGCCGCGUGAAUCCAUGCUUGAACGGAGGUACCUGCUACGAUAGACUAGGAGCGUACAUUUGCGAAUGCCCAUCAGGAUUCUCUGGAAAACGAUGCCAGAGAGGUUGUGCCAUCAAUGCUGAUAUUGCGUUUGCAGUGGACAGCUCUGGUAGUCUCAGCCAAAAAGACUUUGAAACUACGCUUAAGUUUGUCCAUAAUGUCGUUGAUGAGUUGAAUAUCAACAACGGAGCAUCACGAGUUGCGUUGAUGACAUUCGCGAGCCAGGCAACAGUUAUGUUCGACUUGAACGACUUCAGUAGAAAGGCUGAUGUUCUUGGAGCAAUAGCGAGGGUACAAUACACUGCCGGAGCUACUGACACAGCAAGUGCUUUGCAGUUGCUCCGGUUAAGUGUGUUCCAAUCCCAGAAUGGGGAUAGGGGAUCCAGUCCUAAUGUCGCAAUUAUUAUUACUGAUGGAAAAUCCAAUGUAAAUAAAGAGGACACCUUACCCCAGGCUCGAACUGCGAGAGCCGCGGGUAUUCACAUCUUUGCUAUAGGUGUUACUAGUGGUGCAAAUAAGCCAGAGCUUCGCGGAAUUGCAAAUGAUCCAGAUAGUGCCAAUGUGUUCUUUGUCGACCAGUUCAGUGAUUUGUCGGGCCUUAUAAAUAACAUAGCUGAUCCUAUUUGCAACGAUGCUAGAGAAUGCGAUUCCAACCCAUGUCAGUCAGGUGGACAAUGUACCAGCGGUCUUAACUCCUAUACGUGUGCGUGUACAAGUGGAAGAUCUGGUGUAAACUGCGAACGAAGUUGCAAUGUUAGGACCGACCUUGUAUUCAUGAUCGACACCUCUGGCAGCAUUGGCCAAGAUAACUUCUACACCAUGCUUCUCUUCAUACAAGACCUAGUACAGAACCUUGAAAUUUCCAACGGGAAUGUAAGGAUUGGCGCUUUCCUGUUCUCCGAUCAAGCUCGAAAAGUUUUCGAUCUUAACACUUACACGACAAACAAAGGAGAGAUUCUUAAUCAUAUUGGAGCCAUUGAAUAUGAUAAAGGAGCCACAAAUACCCCAGCAGGAUUUGAGAUGAUGAGAAGUAUGUUCCAGGCGGGAAAUGGUGCUCGCGGUGGAGUACGCCGUAUUGGACUUUUAGUAACUGAUGGAAGACCAACUGUUCGAGAAUUUGAAACAUCAGACCAGGCAAGAACCACAAAGGAUCAAAAUAUUCGCCUCGUCUCUAUCGGUAUUGGGAAUGAACUUGACCAGACCCAAUUAAAUGACAUGUCAUCUCAACCUUCUUCCAGCAACGUUUUUAGAGUUGCCGAUUUUGCUUCUCUAGAUUCCUUGAGAGAACAAAUAUCUGUUCUAUUAUGCUCUUAGAUUAAUAAAUUUAACUCACUAACUGAUCACAUGGUGGAAUAGUUUUUAUAUCACUGUCUUAAAAAUUGGAACUCUCUCGAUUGAAGCUGUAAACUGGUAUGUAUACGAUACGCAUGAAUGUAAGUAAUUAUUGCAGCGCUGUAAGAAAGUCCAAAUGUACAGAUUUCAGCAAACUAGAUCGGAGAAAGCAUUAUUAUUUCAUAUUUAUCUAAUUUUUAUAUAGCAUAAUGAACAUGUUUGCACAAUACUCACACCAUUUACUUAUACCCACGGGGAAAAGGGUACAUACCCGAGGUCGGUUCAAAUAUCAUUUCAACUAAAAAUGACAUUCACAACUCUUUAUUUUUCUUUUGUAAACAUUAUAUAUCAAUGUGUUAUAUUUGACCUUAGUAUACUUGUGUUAUGUUUGCACAGAUAACAAACAAUUUAGUUUUCCCUGGUUCUAUGAAGAAAUGUACUCUA